AUGACGCCGCCUGUCAACCAGCAAAACUCCACCCCUGCGAACAACACUCCCGCGACUACGACUUCGUAUGCCUCUGCUGCAGGUGCGCCUAAGAAAUCAGCUCAGGCCCCUGUAGUCGCAACUGGAUCCCACCCUCCCGCGGUGGUUGGAGAUACUGCUUCAUCGCAGAAUGCGAAAGACGCUUCUUCGACUCCUGUGAACGGCAAACCCACCGUCACCCCCGCUGUUCCUCGUAGCAGCGCCAACCUUAACGGAUUCGAUCACUCUCGCAAAAGCUCAGUCACCAUGGCUGCAAACGCCCCCAACAACUUUGUUGCCAACGGCGGCCCUGUCGGCGGUGCCAAAUCAAACAUUCAGUUCGGGUUCGACUCUCCCGGAAUGGCUAACAGCACACCCCAGUCAACCAGCGCUGCACCUAUUCCUAUUCCUGGUGGAGGAAACGCCCGAGUCCCUUCGCCCGCUCACUCACCUUCGCCUAUCCCCCAACCCUCUGCCAGCGGUGGCCGACCUCCUUCCGGUCUUCAGCAGGCAAGCGGAACCAUGACAUUCGGUAGUCUUGGUAGCGAUGGCGAGCGCCACAUGAGACCAGGUUCGGUUCCCAACAACCCUAACGCACAAUCUGGAGCCCACUUCCGACGCGAGUCUGGCCAUUCUGCACAAGGCGAUGGGGCUGGACGAGGCAACUUCCAGGCUCAAGGUGGUCGAGGUCGUGGUUUCAACCCUCACGGAAACAGCUUCAACCCCCAGAUGGGCUACCCUCCCAACAACCAAUACCGUAACGGACCUGGCCAAGGUCGUGGCAUGCCCGCAGCCUUCCAACCUCAGCCUCGCUACCCUAACUCCCCCCAGCCCGGUCGAAGCCCGGCUCUUGUCCCUUCUAUGCCAGGAACUCCCAAUAUGCAGACCGCCAGCAUGCAACCCAACAUGGCCAUGGCGACACCUCCGCAAUACCACUACCCGCCUCCUAUGGCUCAACAACAUCAACAAGUACAGUACCCCCUUUCUCAAGUUAAUAAGCAUCCGUCAAAGAACAAUAAAAAGAGCAAACCAACACCUGGCGAACUGGAAAAGUUGGUCCAGACCGCCCGUCCGCAAGAUUGUUCGCGAGAUCUGCAUGGCGACGAGCUCAACCAAUCUCGGCGUUUCAGUAAACGUCUGGAUCAACCGUGGCGAGAGCAAAUUGUCAGCAGCACGCGCGGAUCAUCUUCGGGCAAGCCCAAAAAUGCUUUCCCAUCCCUUUGCUCAAGCAAUCCAUCUUCUCCCGACAUGUCACCCGAAACUGGGUUUUACGAUUCCUUGCUAACUUCAAAAAAUCAGAAUUACGGUUACCCCCCUGCACCUCAGCAAGUGGAUGCUUAUGGACGUCCACUUGGGGCAAUGCAGUACAACUCUUACAACAUGCCGUACAUGGCCCCUCCUCAAGCUAACUCCCCAAGCUUUAACCAGAACUUUGUCACGCCGUAUCAACAACACAGCCAUAGCAUGUCCAGAACUCCCUCCCAGCCUGAGAGGCCCCCGAGCGCCAGCCAACAGAACACUCCUCUCAUUGUCACCUCUACUCCUCAGUCCCAGGGCUCCGCCCUUAAGGCUACCGCAAACAGCUUCAAGGUGCCCAAGAAGAGCGCCGCCAUUCAAAUCAAGAAUGCCGCUGGUGAAGUGAUUGACACAUCAUCUUUCAAGACUCCUUCCUCCCCUGCCUCUAGCAUCCAACAAUCCAAGACUCCCCCUGUUGUUGCAUCCUCGGCUACUCCUCCCCCCAAGCAAGCUACACCAUCACAUGGCCGCACUGAUAGCCAUGCUGCCCCCAAAACUGCUAAGCAGAUUCAGGAUGAGCUCAAGGAGAAGAUUAAGCAGGCCACACAGGCAGAGGAGAAGCCUAAGCCCGCAGAGCAGCCCGAGGUGAAGACUGAAGACAAGCCUGCUGAGCAGUCCGAGGUCAAGCCCACCGAAGACAAGGCUGAGUCUGCACCUCCCGCCAAGACAGAGCCGGAAAGCCAGGCCGUCUCUGAGACCAAGGCACCCGAGCCCGCCCCCAAGGUUGAGGAGCCCAAGGUUGAGGUGCCAAAGGUCGAGGAGCCCAAGGCUGAAGAGCCUAAGAAGGAGGACCCUAAGAAGGAAGAACCCAAGAAGGCCGAGGAGCCUACGAAGAGCGACGAUCCCGAUGAGGAUGAGCUUGAGCGCAUGAUCCGUGAGAUGGAGGAGGAGGACGCUCGCCGUGAAAAGGCCGAGGAGGAGCAUCGCAAGAAGCGCGAGGCUGAGAAGGCUGCUGCCAAGGAACAGGAAGAAAAGGACCGUGCCAAGAACACUGCCGACGCAGAUCGCAAGCUUCGAGAACAGGAGCGCGAGAUGGAACGGCUCGAAGAGGAGAAGGAGAAGCGUCGCCAACAGGGUGAAUCAUCCGGUACAGCUCCCUCGCUUGCUGAGCUUCUCUCUAAACGAGGCAGCAAGGAGGCCGAACCUGCCAAGGUCGAGUCGGUUACCGAUAAGCUUGCUAGCAUGAAGAUUGGAGGAUCUACAGAUGCUGCUGGUUCUAAGCCCGAAAAGCGUGGUGUGAAGCCCGCUGCUCUCAACUUGAGCCCUCUUAACACAAAGCCAGUGGAGCCUGCCCAGCCCAGCGCUGCCCUCCAGUCUCUCAAGUCAGCCCGCUUCUUGAAGGUCAUUGAGCAAGAUAUCUACCCUGAAGGUAUCAAGUCGCCCAACCCCUCUCUCAACGCCGCUGUCCAAAGCAAGGGUAAGAGUUUCAAGUAUGAUUCCAACUUCUUGCUGCAAUUCCAGAAGGUCUUCACCGAGCAGCCAUCUCUUGAGUUCCACCAGCAGGUCAAGUCCCUUAUUGGCGAUGAGCGUUCCAGGACUAACACUCCUGGUGGCUCUGGCCGUGGCUCUCGUGGUGCAAACACUCCCGGCCCUAUGGGUGGAUUCCCUGGCAUGGGUAACUUCAAUGCGCCUUCUGGCAGUACCCUCCCGCCCGGCAGCACUUCGAUGUCUCGUUUUGCCAUGUCCAACCAGCGACCUGGUGGCCCCAUGGGUUCUAUGGGCCGUUCCAACACCGGUGGCUUCCCUUCAUCCAGCUCGCGAGCUGGCUCUCAAGUGCCAAACUCCCCACGUGGCUCUCGUCGUGGUGGCCGUGGCAGCAACACCAACCGUGGCGAAGCAGCCAAGGAGGCACAGGCUGCUAAGACCAUGCCUCUGACCGCCGGUAUGGAGCUGAAGCCUAUUGUACAGUCUGCUGGCGGCUGGAAACCUACAAGUAUCGGUAAAGCUGCUAGUUCAGCUGCUCCUCCUAGUGGCCAUAUGGAACCGGAUAUGGUUCAACGAAAGGUCAAGGCUGCUCUGAACAAGAUGACGCCCGAGAAGUUCGACAGAAUUGCCGACCAGAUCCUACUCAUUGCUUCCCAGUCCAAGGAGGAGGCAGAUGGCCGUACACUCCGACAGGUCAUCCAGCUUACCUUUGAGAAGGCCACCGACGAGGCUCACUGGGCCUCAAUGUAUGCCAAGUUCUGCAAGCGUAUGCUCGAGACUAUGAGCCCCGAUGUUCGCGAUGAGCGUAUCAAGGACAAGAAUGGUCAGGUAGUCAGUGGUGGUAACCUGUUCCGAAAGUACCUCCUCAACAGAUGUCAGGAGGAGUUUGAGCGCGGCUGGACUGUUAACCUGCCCGAUAAGCCUGACGAGGAGGAUGACGGCAAGAAGACUGGUGAGGCCGCUCUGCUCUCCGACGAAUACUAUACAGCUGCCGCUGCCAAACGUCGUGGUCUUGGUCUUGUCCAGUUUAUUGGUGAGCUUUAUAAGCUCGGCAUGCUUACUGAGCGUAUCAUGCACGAAUGUGUGCACAAGCUCGUCGAUUAUAAGGGAAUGCCUGACGAGGCCGAAGUUGAGUCGCUCAGCAAGCUCCUCCGCACUAUUGGAGGCAACCUUGACCAAACUGAAAAGGGUCGCCCCAUGAUGGAUGCUUACUUCCAGCGCAUCCAGAGCAUGAUGGAUAUUCCUGAGCUUCCCAGCCGACUCAAGUUCAUGCUUCUGGAUGUUAUCGAUCUUCGUCGGGCCAAAUGGGUUUCCAAGGAAACUAACAAGGGACCCAAGACCCUCGAGGAGGUUCGCGCCGAGGCUGAAGCCGCGCAAGCUGCUAAGGCUCAGGAAGCAGCCCGCACCAACCAGCGAGGCGGAGGUGGCCGCCCUCCUGUCGGACGCGGUGAUGCUCGCAACUUUUCUGGUGGCUACCAACAGCAGGCUGCCAGCAACCAGGUCGGUAUGGACGAUCUCCGCCGACUCAAGGGCUCUGCCAACCGAACAUCAAGCGGAAACAUUUCCCUUGGUCCCGCUUCCAUGUUGUCAUCUCGCAGCAACAGUGGAAGACGCAUGGGUCCUGGCGGUUUCCUUGGCCCUCGUGGUGAGGAUUCUGCCACUUCUUCACGAACUGGCACCCCACCUACACGAGAGAACACCUCUCACUCUAAUGCAUUCAGCCUCCUCGCCAAUAUGGAGAACGACCAUCCCGCCUCGCCUCCCUCUACUUCUGCCUCACCAGCGAUCUCGAAGGCUGUCCCUGCUGACAGCGAUAAGAAAGAAAGCGAAUAA